AUGCAAGUAGAACGUGUUGUAUAUCAAUUACAUCACUUAGGCGUAGUUCAAGGCCAAAUAAUCUAUCAAUUUGUAGAACGAAGUUUUGAGAUGAUAUGUGGCUUUUUUGGUAUCAUGUAUAUAGGUGGAGUCUAUUGUCCACUAGAUCCAACAAUACCAUCUGAACGUCUCAAUAUACUUCUCGAACAAAUGCAAGGUCAAUAUGUUUUAGUACAUGAGAAAACUCGUAAUAAAUUUCCAAUAGCAGCCGUUCAGCAUGUUAUUGUGCUAGAUAAUAUUCUUCUUCGAUCGUUGGAUAUCGAAGACAUGCGUGAUCUUCUAAUAUCUAGGGAGUAUGGUGCUGCAUUCAUCAUUUUUACUUCAGGUACUACUGGACGACCAAAAGCAGUUGUUCAUACACAUAAAAGUUUUUCGGCUUUUAUUGCUGCUUUGAUUCAAUGGAACGUCGGUAUGUAUACCGCUCGAGAUCACGCCCUUCAAGUCGCUACAAGUUCAUGGCUUACACAUAUUCUGGAAAUCUCAUCGCCAUUAGUCGUUGGUGGUACUCUUGUGCUUCUGCGACAAGGCGGUCAUUUAGAUGUGGCCUAUUUUUCUCAAACUCUAAUGCAUCAACAAAUAACGACACUAAUAACUGGUCCCGCAAUAAUUCGAGCUCUUACUAAUUAUAUUGAAAAUAGCCAGCAAACGAAAAUAUUCGAUACUGUGCACCAUCUGUGUACGGCGGGCGAAGCAUUGAAGCCGCAGCAAUGGACUCAAUUUGUUAAUUUGUUAACCUCUUCCAAUGUUCAACUUUGCGUUAUAUAUGGUACGUCUGAAAGUUGUGGAGCGCUUGGAUGUCAAUUGUUAAAUAUCAAAAAUACGGAUAUUCCUAUUGGGUAUCCAUUACCAAAUAUUCGAUGUUUAUUAAUUGAUGAUGAUGGCAAAAUUAUUAAUACUACACAUAAUUUAAGUGAAAUUGGUCAAAUUUAUAUAGGAGGACCAUCUUUAUUUAACUCCUAUUUGAAUGAUCCCGAACUCACUACCAGCAGAUGUACAACCAUAAACAAUCAAGUUUAUGUAAAAACAGGUGAUUUAGCUCGAUAUAAUACACGAGGAGAGCUUGUCUAUGCUGGACGUGCUGAUUUUCAAAUUAAAAUACGUGGUCAACGAGUCGAAACAACUGAAAUUGAAAAUACAAUUACGAAUUCGUAUCCUGGCAAGAUUUCUGACUGUGUUGUUACUAAAAUAGCCAAAAACGAUGAUCUGCUUGUUGCAUAUGUGGUCUCAAAAGAAUCCAAGCUCGACGCUGAACAAAUUCGAAAUUACUGCAACAAAUAUCUUCAUCAAUACAUGAUACCAUCCACCUUUAUCUUCUUAAAACAGUUGCCUUUGAGUGCGAAUGGAAAACUCGAUCGACAGCGUCUUCCAGUACCUGAUAUCUCGGUUCUAUCGACUAAUAUUAUUGAUCGUCAAUAUAUCGAACCGAAAAAUGAAAUGGAAACGCUAGUUCAUUCUAUAUGGUGUAAGAUCCUUGGCUGUAAUCGAAUCUCGACAAUAACAAACUUUUUUAGUAUUGGUGGCCAUUCUCUUCUGUUUAUUCAAAUUUAUCAAUAUUAUCAAACGUUAUUUAAUUUUGAUAGUGAAACAAUAAAUACUCGGUCAUUCUUUGAACAUAAUACCAUAGCCGAACAUGCGAAACUGCUAGAAAAUAUUAAGAUGCAUAAUAUACAAACAAAACAAUGGCAGACAUUACAUAUUAAUCAAUGUAUUGCAUCGUACGCUCAACAGCGCAUAUAUCUUGAUGAGAAAAUGCGUUUUUCUGAAAAAGUUGCUAUUUACAAUGAAUUAACUGCUCUACAAAUUACGAAAGGUUCAAUAUCAAUGACUCGCUUAUUGCAAGCUCUUCGUUGUGUCAUAAGCAAACAUAAGAUAUUAAGAACUUCUCUAGUUUUCAAUGAUCACGAUAGUAUUUUAAGACAAUCUAUUACUGAUAAACAUCUGACAUUUACUUUGGCUGCCGAUCAAACAUUCAGAAGUGAAACUCAACUUCACAACAUUAUUUCACAAACAAGUACUAAUCCCAAUUUGUUUGAUCUAUCAAGUGGUUGUGUUUUUUAUUGUCAAGUUCUCAGACAACAGAUGACAGUUGACGAAAAUCAUGAUAAAGAAAUGAUUAUAAAUUCUGAUGUUCUCAUUAUCGGCUUUCAUCAUGCUGCAAUUGAUCAAUCAAGUGGCUUAAUUUUUUUAAAUGAUCUAUGUAAUACUUACAAUAGUAACAUGACGUGGUUAGAUAAUGAAGAAUCAUUACAAUAUAUUGAUUAUAGUGUUCAUGAGCGUCUAAUCAAUAUGACCCCAUCACGUGAAUUUUGGCGCUCUCAAUUAAACGGAUACAAUCAAGAAUGUCGAUUGUUACUACCAGUUGAUCGACAUUGCUUAUAUAGUGAUCAACGAUCUGGAUAUGCUUUCAUUGCUCAUAUCUCAUUUGAUAACGAGGUUUCGAUAUCAUUUCUCAAUUAUGCAUCGUCAUAUCAAGUCACACCAUUUCAAUUAUACUUGGCUACAUUCUAUGCAUUUCUUUUCAAAUUAACAUAUCGACAAAAUGAUUUAUGUAUUUCUUGUGUCAAUGCAAAUCGAUACAGAACCGAAUUACAGAAUAUGGUUGGAAUGUUCGUUUCAACAUUGCCAUAUCGUAUUCAAGUUGAUUCUGACUGGUCAUUCGAUGAACUUGUUGAACAUGUACGAGAAAAAUGUUUAUCAACUCUUGAACAUUCUCAUUAUCCACUUCAACACAUUCUUACUGACCCUCAACUUAAACAACCAAACGUACCAUUUCUUGAAACAGUGUUCAAUUUUAUCACUCUCUCUGGAAACAGUCAAUGGUCUAUUGAUACAGCAACGUUGCAAGAAUUACCAAUACAACAAUCUUAUGGUGCUGCUAAAUUUGAUUUUCUGUUGACUUGUCUUUAUAAUCCAACAUCCGAUGACAAUAAAUUAUCAUUUUGUCUAAACUGCUCGCGUGAUCUAUUUGAUGAGCGAACGACCAUAAUCUUAGCUCAAAGAUUAAAACAUUCUGUCAAUCAACUUUUUUCAUCAAAAUUAACUUCCAAUGAAAUUAAUCCAAAUAUUACAUCUAUCUCGAAACUUAGCUUGAUUUUACCGGCGGAAACUCAAGAAAUUGAAGAUGCUGUCUUUUGUCAACAGCAGAAUAUUGUCAAUGAAGCACCAGCAUCAUAUGCACAAACUCGUAUUUGGUUUGAUGAACGAGUUCGAUUCGAUCCAGACAAAUCACAAUUCGCAAUUUACAAUAUGCCUUUUCUCUAUCGUCUUGAUGAAGGACAUACUUUAUCAAUACAACAACUUCGACAGGCUCUUGAGCUAAUUGUUAGAAAACAUCAAUCAUUUCGUACAUUACUUAACUUUGAUGCAGAAAAGAAUUCAUUUAUGCAACAAAUUGUUGACAGCCAUGGUGGUAAUAAUAGAUUGUAUGCAUUCAUCGAAAACACUUACGAAACACAAGAACAACUCAAUGAUAUUAUGCAUGAAGAAAGAUAUAAUCCUCAACUUUUCGAUCUUACGCGAGGUCUUGUCUUUCGAUGUCAUAUUAUUUACUACAGACAAAUCUCUUCAAAUCAUCUUCUUUCUCAUAAAGAUGUAAUCAUUUUCAAUUUUCAUCAUGCUCUAUUUGAUUUUCCAUCAAUGAAUAUAUUUCUUCAUGAUCUUAAUCAAGCAUAUACAACAGGUCAAUUAUCAUAUGAUGACAACACUACUCUACGUUAUCUUGAUUAUGCUGUUAUUGAACAACAAAUGUCAAUGACUGGUGCAAGUAUGUUUUGGCUUGAUGCUCUUCAUCAUUGUAAACUUGAUCAGUCUUUAUCAUUACCAUUCGAUCGAUUUCGUCUCUCAAAUGAACAUCGAACUGGUCGUGGAACAUCUGUUUCAUUUGAUUUUAGUCACGAUCUCUCACAUGACUUUCUUAUUCAUGCGUCAGCAAAUAAUAUAUCACUUGAACAUCUUACAUUUGCUGUUUAUUUCAUCUUUCUAUUCAAAUUAACUAAUGGACAAACAGAUUUAUGUCUGGCUAUGAAUAUCAAUAAUAAUCGAUAUAGAUCUGAAUUGAAAUCAAUCAUUGGAUUGUUUGAAAAUGUCAUUCCAUUACGAUGUCAAUUAGAGUCACAUUGGUAUUUUCAUCGAUUACUCAAACAUGUUCAAGAGAUAACAACAAAUAGUAUGAAGUAUUCAUAUUUUCCACUUCAACGAAUUCUCGAUCAACAUCCAUAUAUUUCCAAAUAUGCAUUUUUGGAUACAUCUCUUGGAUUUAUACCACACAAUAAUAAUAAUAUAGUGAUGAUUGGUGAUUCUCAACUUGUUCCAGGAUCUUUCUCAUUCAACAGUAAUGAAGACGACAUACUAACUGCACCCGACUUCUCUCUUUCAAUUCAUCAUGAUAUAACCAUGAAUCAAGUGUCAUGCACAAUCAACGCAUCACUUGACUUAUUCAAUAGAGAGACAGUGGAAAAGACUUCACAACGAUUUCAUUCUAUCUUACAUCAAUUAUCUGCAUCUAUUAUUGAUAAUCAAAUGAACAAACCAAUCUAUGAAUUAUCAUUGAUAUUUUCAAAUGAACGGUAUCUAAUACAAUCAUUGAAUAAUACACAAAUAACAUUUCCAUCUCCUGUCACUUGUAUUCAUCAUAAAUUUGUAUAUCAAGUAAUGAAGCAUCCACAAAAACUAGCAGUUGAACUUGAUGAACAAUCUCUAACAUAUUGUGAACUUCUACAUUAUGUCCAGAUGUUAGCUGUUCAUCUGGUAGAUCAAUAUGGUAUCAUUUCAAGUGAGGUUAUCUCGCAAUGUGUGGAACGGAGUCUAUCUAUGAUCAUUGGUAUCAUGGCAAUUGAGAUGGCUGGUGGUGUAUAUUUUCCACUGUCAUUUCGAGAUCCAGCGAAACGUUUACAUAUGCUUUUGCUACAAACACAAAGUCGACUUGUUCUCUGCCAUUAUUUGACAAGAAAUAAAUUUAGCGACAUUAUCACUGUAUUAAACAUUGAUUCUAUAAUGGUAAAUAAUAAUUUAUUUCAACAUAUUAAUAUUGAUCAAUUAUCGUCUGUUCAUGUGAAUAUCGAUAGUAUUGCCUACAUUAUAUUUACGAGUGGUUCGACAGGAAUGCCAAAAGGGGUUCAAGUUCGACAUAGAAAUUUCAUUCAAUGUAUCUAUUCUUUGAUGCGCAUUGAUUCAUUUACUAAUAAUGAUACAGUGAUUCAAAUGGCUAGAUGUUCAUUUGAUAAUCAUGUUCAAGAAAUUAUCGGUUCACUAAUAAUCGGAGCUACAAUAAUCAUGCUUCAUCCAAGAGGAACUGUUGAAUUGAACUAUCUUGCUGAAAUCAUAAAAAACAAACAAGUUACUUAUAUGCACACUGUAUCAAGUUUACUUCACAACUUUUUCACUUUUCUUAAACAGAAUCAUUAUUUACAUGUUGUAAAAUAUCUCAGAUCACUUUGUACUAUUGGUGAGCCAUGUUCUGUGAAGUUAGUCAACCUAAUCCUCACAGAUCCUACACAGUAUUUUACUUUUUGGAAUUGGUAUGGUUUAACAGAAACUACUGUUGUUUGCACUUUUUAUCCGAUAAACAUUACAGUCAAUACAGAUAGUAUUCCAAUAGGAUGUCCAUUGCCCAAUUAUCGACAUUUGCUUUUGGAUAAUUUCUUACAAUCUGCCAUCAUUAAUCAGGAAGGUGAAUUAUUUAUAGGCGGUGUAGGUGUCUUUGCUUGUUAUCUUGGCUGUGAUGAUUUGACACAGAGAGCACUCAUUGAAAUCGAUGGCGAGAUAUUUUAUCGAACAGGUGAUCUUGUUCGAAUGGGUCAUAAUGGACUAUUUUAUUGUGUCGGUCGAAAAGAUUUUCAAAUUAAAUUACAUGGACAACGAAUUGAACUUGGUGAAAUCGAACGAUGUUUACUUAAUAUCACAUCCAUAUCUGCUUGUGUUGUCAUCAAAUGGAAUGAUGAUUAUUUAGUUGCAUAUGUUCAGUCUUCUCAUAUCAGUGAGGAAGAACUACGUGAACAUUGUCAAUCUUAUCUACCACCACAUAUGAUUCCAUCUUUCUUUAUUAUUCUUGAUAAGCUACCUUUAAAUGCUAAUGGAAAGAUGACACUCAACAUUGAUACGACUAAGACCAAUAUUUCUCAACUCUUGCAACAUACCACUAUUGCUGAUCAUGCUCGUCUUAUUCAUCAGUCAAUAGAGAAUCCAGAAAUAUAUCAAAAACUUUUGUCUACUGUACAUAAUAUGCAAGAAACAUCUACUCAAAACCAUGCUCAUUCGAUCUCCCAAGAGAAUAUCACAGUUGUAGCAGACGAGCUAUUAAGAUACGAACCAUUUCCUGUUACAGAUAUUCAACAAGCAUACCUAAUUGGACGUGAAGGUGCCAUUGAACUUGGUCAUGUUUCUGCUUUUGUCUAUAGGGAAUAUAACUUCUCAUCAACAUUCGACGUCGAAGGCCUUGAACGAGCAUUGAAUUCUUUAAUUCAAAGACAUGAAGCACUGCGUCUUGUCUUUCCGUCUCAUACUGAACAGAAAAUUCUCAAAACAGUUCCUUAUUAUACUAUAACUAUACUUAACUUAGAUGAUGUUCAGUCUUCGAAAAAUCGUCUCAUAGAACGACGAGAACAACUAUCACAUCAGAUUCGACCAGCUGAUCAGUGGCCAUUAUUUGAUUUUCAAAUAACUCGGUUCAAGACGGAUGAAGGUUAUAAAAUAUGUUUGCAUUUUGGUUUAGAUAUACUCAUCUUGGAUUUUUGGAGUAUAACGUUAGUUUUACAUGAAUUAAAUCAACUGUAUUAUAACUUAAAUAAUACCUUGGCAGAACUAAAAUUAUCUUAUCGAGAUUAUAUUCUGGCAGCACAACAAUUAAAACACGAGACCACUCAUAGCAAUGAUAGACAAUAUUGGAUAAAUCGUAUAACAUCACUUCCAUUGGGUCCAAAUUUACCAUUACAGUGUUUGCCAAACGAAAUACAUAUACAACGUCAUUGUAAUGUAGCUAAAGUAUUAGAUCUGUCAUUGUGGCAAAAAUUAAGAAAACGUAUUACCGAUCACAGGUUGACACCAGCCGGUUUCUUAGCGUCAAUCUAUGCCUUAGUAUUGGGUAAAUGGAGUGAAAAUAAACAUUUCGCUUU